AUGGUGUUAUCUUCAGAUAGCAUUUCCGACGAGGCGUUAGUUGUGAAUACUUCUUAUGGCAAAGUAAGGGGAGUAUAUGUUGAACACGCCCGAGUGUUUUUUGGGGUUCCAUAUGCUGCUCCCCCAACUGGAAAAUAUAGAUGGAGUCCGCCACAUCGACACGUCGGAUGGUUCCCAGGUAUUUACAACGCCACAGAAGACCCUCCGGGCUGUAUUCAGAAGUGCACCAACUUUCUUGCUAACUCAUGCCCAAAUAAGACGAGUGAAGAUUGUCUUUCAUUGACUAUUUUUACCCCACUGACCGCUACCCCAACAUCAAUGCUUGCUGUCAUGGUAUAUAUACAUGGAGGCAGCUUUAUUGAGCGCAGUGGAUACACCUUGAUUCAAGAUGGACGGUAUAUUGCCAACCAUACUAAUACUAUCACUGUCUUUAUAAACUAUAGACUAGGUGCUCUUGGAUUUCUGCCGAUAGUAGACGAAAGUUCACCAAAUGGAAACUAUGGUAUAUUCGAUCAAAGAUUUGCAUUGGAAUGGGUGAAAGAUAACAUAGUUGCCUUUGGAGGCGAUUCUAGCAUGGUUACCAUUGUUGGACAAAGCGUCGGUGCACAGUCUGUAGCAAUACACUUGACCACACCAAGAAGCCAGCAACUAUUUCAUCGAGCUAUUAUGGAAAGUUGCCCGCUUGGAGGAAUACGAUUUCUCACAAAACGUGAAGCUCAAAUUCAAGCCAGUGAUUUAAUGACAUACCUUGGAUGCAUAAAUACAAACGAACUCGAGUGUAUGAGAAGCAAAUCUGCAGAUGAUAUACUUAACGCACAAUACAGCAUAAUACAAAAUCAGAAGCUGAUGGACUAUACUCAGCCAUGGGGACCCUAUCUAGAUGGCAAUGACAUUGUAAAGCAGAUUGCACAAUCAUUCCUGGACGAUGAUUACCAAAAUAAACCAAUUAUUAUGGGAUUUGUUGCAGACGACGCAAGAGAUAGCCUGUACAGACUAUUUCCACAACCGAUGAAUGAAACACAAUUCAGUGGUUUUUUCUCCAAAAUGAUGAUAGGCAAAUCCACGGACAUAUUUCACCCUUCUGAAAAUAACGACUACAGGGAUAUUGCGUCACAACUUUUACUUCUCUAUACAUUUGCAUGCCCAAUAAAAUACAUCUCACAGCAUCUCUCGUUGGCAAACAUAUCUAUUUGGAACUAUGUUUUUGAUCACCCCUUCAGUUUUGAUGGAUGGGACCCUGAGUUAACAUACUGUACAAAUUACUCUUGUCAUUGUGUUGAACUACCAUUUCUCUUUCAUUCAGUUACACUCAUAGGACUGAAUUAUUCAAAUGAUGAAGAGAUUCUUGCCUAUAGUCUCAUACAAUAUUGGGGAUUACUGAAAAUAUCACUUGACCCGGCUGUGUACAUGGAAGAAGUUGUGAUUGUAACUAGUUACUUAAUGUAUGUCAACUUGUUCAUUGACUACCCGGGUGAUGAAUAG